CUUCUUUCGUGUUCGUUUAACCAACUUGAUGAGCUAAUGGUGGCCCAGCAUCGAGGCACGGGACAACAGCAAUGCAGAAAUCCCUUUCGGUAGCAAUCUUGCGGAUUGUUUGCUCGUAGCUGAGCCACGAACGAGCGUGCCGUUCUGCGACGCGACAGAAAAACAGCCGUUAUCAAUUAUCAUGUGAAGGUGUAGCGUCGUUUACCGAACGCGGAGAACAGUUUGGUUUCCUGGGAUCGACGGUGAAGAAUCAGUCAACAAGCACGGAUAACAGUUGCAGCGUCGUUGAGGGAACGGAAGAGACCGCGGAGAUUGACGCGGCGUCAUCUUUCACGGUGAAGAUCGGAUGUGGACGUUGCGCCAUUCGACUGACGAAACGGUAGCAACGGAGGAAACCGCGUUUUCGAACGACCUGGCACGUGAGAGGAGGCCGUAUUGGAUGAACAGGGGUGAUUGUCGGUGAUGGACAAUGAGCAGCCACAUCAGGAACUGGUCAAGUGCGUGGUUGUCGGCGAUACGGCAGUUGGAAAGACCAGGCUGAUCUGCGCGAGAGCCUGUAACAAACACGUGUCGCUGUCGCAACUCUUGACGACCCACGUGCCCACCGUCUGGGCCAUCGACCAGUAUAGAAUUUACAAGGACGUUUUAGAACGCUCUUGGGAGGUAGUCGACAACGUGAAUGUUUCCCUGCGACUUUGGGAUACGUUUGGCGACCACGAGAAGGAUCGACGUUUCGCGUACGGCAGAUCGGACGUCGUGCUACUAUGUUUCUCCAUAACAAAUCCUGUAUCCCUGCGGAACUGCAAGGCGAUGUGGUAUCCGGAAAUACGACGAUUCUGCCCGCAGACCCCGGUGUUGUUAGUGGGCUGCAAGAACGAUCUACGUUACAUGUACCGAGAUGAGACGUAUCUGAGCUAUUUCCGUGACCGGAGUCCGUUCGUGAGGGCCACAAGGAAGAGCGAUCUGGUAAUGCCUGAUCAAGCUCGAGCUGUUGCACGUGAACUUGGUGUUUGUUACUACGAGACCAGCGUCUUCACGUAUUACGGUGUUAACGAAGUUUUCGAGAACUCAAUACGCGCUGCCUUAAUUGCGCGACGCCAGCAGCGAUUCUGGAUGACGAACUUAAAAAGGGUGCAGAGGCCUUUACUUCAGGCACCGUUUUGUCCACCAAAACCUGUCCCGCCGGAAGUGUGUCUGGCGGCGAGCACCUACGAGGAGAACAUGAAAACGUUAUGGACGAAGCCAGUUCACACAGAUGUGACUUUGAUAGCCGGAAACUGCACGUUCUCCGCGCAUAGGUGUCUUUUAGCCGCUGCAUCGCCCGCGUUUCAUCGACUUUUCUCCAUGGAACUCGUUCAAGAACAAACACCUCGAAGCUCCAGCGAAUCAAGCAUGGUGAGUACGUUCGGCGAAGCAACGGUCGGCGACUUUAACGACGACACUGAGUGCCUGAUUCGUAUUGAUCAAUCAAAACCUGCAAAGGUUUGGGAACAACUGAAGCGACGUUCGAGCUUUCAAGUACUGCCCACGAUGGAGAACCAAAAGAAACCGUCUGGAACUACCAGAGACCUCAAUCAUCCUGCCUUCCAGAACAUCCGUGUAUGCUUGACUGAAAACACAAACGGAAUGCAGCAACCAACGACCGUGGUGACGCUGUCUAAAUUAAUUACACCACAGGCGAUGCAGCAAUGCUUGCAGUUCAUUUAUACGGGCAGCUUGGAUAAACGGUAUCACGAUCUACAAACAGCUCCUAUCGGGCUUCUACUGGAGAUUAGACAAGCGGCAGAAUUCUUGGAGCUUCCACAAUUGCUGAUGGUGCUUGGAACUUUGCAGACAAGAGACCAGUUCAAUAACGAUCUUAACAAUCGAUAUAAACAAGUGGUGAGGCAACGUCUGGAAGACAUUUGUCUAGAACAAGGACUUUUCGCUGAUGUGAUAUUCGAACUAGACGAUGGAAGCGUACCAGCUCACAAAGCGAUUCUCACUGCCCGAUGUGAUGUAAUGAAGGCCAUGUUCUCUGGAGAUUUCCGUGAAAGUAGCGCAAAAGUGAUAGUGUUUCCCGGUGUACGCGAAUAUACGUUCCACAAACUGCUCUGCUAUCUCUAUACGGACGAAGUGCCAGCAAUUUCCUCUGCCAGGUGCUUGAACCUCUUAGAGUUGGCAAAUCGUCUCUGUUUGCAACGACUGGUGAACUUGGUCGAGAGCAGAGUAAUCGAAGAUCUCGAGAGAUUGUCUCAAAAUGAAGGAAACGAGGCCGUUGAGAACUGUCUCAGACUGCUGGAACCAUGCAAGUUGCAUAACGCCGAUCAGCUAGCUGACUGGUGUAUGAACCACUUGUGCGUCAAUUACAACAAGUUGUGCAAGAUGUCUCCGCGAAGCGUACGCCUCUUGCAUCCGGAGAACCAGGAAUACCUGAACGAGCAUCGAUGGCCUCCAGUGUGGUAUUUGAAAGACUAUGAUUACUACCAAAAAUGUUUGGCGGAACGUGACCGCGAAAAUAAGCCGACGUUGAAGAGAAAUCGCAAUCAGUCCGGUUGUUUAUGCUUCUCCGGCACGAGCAAAACUAGAAGAGAAAGUUCCAGCGGCGGUGGAGGCACAGCGUCGUCGGCGAACAACGAUCCGCAAGCUGAACGACCCCUGUUCGACUCAAUAGAGUCAGGUGAACAGGUUGUAUGACAAGAGCCUAGCGGCUUACGCCGCUCAGUCCGAUUCAUUCUGGUCCUACCCGUGCUCAUGGUCUUCAUAUGCACCAUUUUUACUAUUUUGAUACUGCUACAGAUUUAUACCUAAGGAACGUUAAACGCCGACAACACGAUCUAUGCACACGCGAGGAUAUCUAUGAAGAAAAAAAAAAAAAAAAAUCCGGGUAUAUAGAUCCUCCAGUUCUUUAUCAGUCAUCUUUAUCGUGAUCCUUUUUCCUGGUUUUCUUUGCCUUGGGACAAAAAGUCCAGUCUAAAAAAAAAAAAAAAGAAAAAGAAAAGAAAGAAAGAAGCGAUAUAUGGAUUAUUGAAUAUCCGAGAAAAUUGGUGCGAUCGUAUCUUUUUGUACAACCUUAACGAAGAUGAAUCCCGACAUCCGUACUUGUCGUUCAAGAAACGGGUUUAAAAAGAAAUUGUACGCUAUCGAUUCUUUUAGAAUUUCACACGGGCGUCCGUCGUUUGUAAGCGAAUAAAACAAGAUGGUGCCUUUCGUUGACGACUCGUCGUUGCUGCCACAGCGACCUUAAACAGGGUGACGUCGAUCACCUGGAACAUGUUUUAACGUCUUUUUGAUCGUAUCCGUAAACACGAAUUGCAAAUGAAAGAGAUGAAUCACGAUACAAGUUGAAAAAAAAUAUAUCCAAUAUGCAUCCAAUUAUGCGUCCGUCAAUGAGCACGGUACGUCUCUUCAUGGAGGACGUGAAUGCUUCAGAUUGCUCAUUCACUUCGAUCACGUAACGAGUGAUUUUUAUAUACAAGAGGUGUUACCUCAGUGGUUGUUAACAUCCUUGAGAUUUUUUCAGAUUUUUCUGGCCGAUAUUACUCGAGAUUUCCCGUACGUUCUUAAACGAAGAAUUUCUGAAUCCCACAGGCAAUCGGAAAUCGAAUUGGAUUUUCUACUCACAAUCAAUCGUUGUGCGAUCUAAAUUCCGGAAAAUCGAGACAGUUGUUUUCAUUUCCAGCUCCCACUCUGCCUAACAUUACAGUUUAAUUUUACAAAAACCGAAGCGAGAGGGACAAGCUGGAAACAAAAAAGAGAUCGAAUCGAACCACUGAAGGGGGAAGAGAAAAAAAGAAAAUUUCCAAGAGACGAUAAAGAUUCGCCGUACUUUUAUCGAUGCGUGUUAGACUGAAGAAAACGAGCAAUAGCUUUAGUCCAUAGUAGAGCGUGAUUAUGCCAAGCGGUACAUAUAGUUCUAUAAGGAAUAAGUAACUAUUAACGAUAAAUCGACGCGGAUUUUUACAUUGUUUGUACAGCAUCCGACGACAGGCCAUGCUUCAUUUCUUGAGUUCCCAUCUAACGAGAUUGCGAUUUCUUCGAGUGCGAGGAGACCCUUCGUAUUUGUACUAUUUUAUAACGAUUUAUGGCUAAGUGAAAUUACUAUUCUCACUCAUCAAUCGUCGAUUACCAUAAAAAAAGAAAAAAAAAGAAAAAAAGAAAAAAAAACGACGGGGACACGUGCAGUUCAAUCUACGUAACGUUGGAUCGUCCACUGAAAAAAACUGCAACAUAUCGAUCACGGUAAUGGGUUACUGCUAGAAUUAUAAAUUGCGAUUACAUCGGUAAAACACUAACUUAGUAGGAUAGAUAAUAACGGAGAGAAAAUUGGAGUGAAUCGAUAUAUAUAUAAUCGUAACGACUAUAUAUACAUGUAUUGUAACGAUUAUAUUGUUAACGUUCGUAAGGUAUAGAACGAUGCUACAUUAGAAUGUAUCUCUGUGUAAGAGUGAAUUCUCGCGUAUAUUAUAUAUUUUCUUAGCGAACUUGUACUUUAUAAGGCACAAAUUGGCCCUCGUACAUCGAAGAAACGUAAUCGUGCAUCAUUAAAGCCGGUCAUCAAUCGCGUUUAAUUCUCAAGUAAAUUCUCCAUUAGAUAUGAAGCAACCUGUACUAUUAGUCGGUAUUACAGAUAUCUAAUAUUUGUUAGAUCAUUCUUCGUCGUGAUAAUCGUUCAAUUUCGAUUUUUCCAUGCAUCAUCGCGCAAUGAAAGUAUGUUUCGAAUGCGUGAGCGAAUGGGAUGAAACAAAAGGGAAAGAAACGAAAGAUACACGAAGAAUUGUAAUUUUACAUACGUCGUAUACAGUACUAUCUUCGUAGCUGGCCGCUAAUUAACACUCCCCUUCCAACCCCUCUCCAUGAAGAAACUUCUAACAAAUUUGUGGGGAUAGCUGCGGUCAAUUAACAAAGCAGUACUGUAUACAAACGAAUGUUUACGUUACCACGCGUGAUAAUGUGCGCUUUUUAAGUGAUUAUUCGAAUUAAACAGUUUCAAAUAUUUAAACAGUUUGAAAUAUUUGAACAGGGAGAAUCGAAGAGGAAGUAAAGUUAAACAUAUAUAUACAUAUAUAUAUAUAUAUACAAGAUCUAUUACUGCCUGAUCUGUAAAUUAACAGAAAUAACGUACACGCAAGAGUAUGUCUGUUCCGGCGAGGGUGAGAAUAACGUCCCACUUGUACGCUACGUCAAUUUUAAUGUCAAUGUUAUCCUUCGUCACUCCUACAAAAUGUAUAUUUUAUACCGAAAUCAGUAACCGUAGGAAUAAGGAAUACAGUCACAUGUACGAAGGUGUAGAAUGAUAGGGGGGGAGAGGGUUCGGGAAAUUAUAAUUUUCGAACAUGUGUUUUAGUCAGGAUUUACCUCAAACUUCUGUUAAAGUGUUUGUCCAUGCGUACAAGGCAUUUGCGGGCAGAUGCGGAAAGCGUUUCCUGUAAACGGAAAGUUCAGUAUGAACGUCGAUUUACGUCGACGAACAGAAAUUCUUUUCGUUUCCACUCAUCUUUUCUUUUUUUUUUCUCAAAAAUUUCUCAAUUUUUCAAAGUACUUACAUAUUCGUUUUGCUCUCUUCUGACUUUUCAAUUUGUUACGCUCGCAAAGCCUUCGAUCCUAAGCCGAGAAAGAUUAUUGCGAUUGCGACGUCUGUGCUCUGAAUUGUGCAGUAGUGCCGCGUUAACUGGCCAUAGCUAUCCCCACCAGUUCUUAGAACUGACUUCGUGGAGUGUCUCUACAUAGUAUAUCUCGAAUGUAAAAUAAACAAAUAUAUCAGGCUAAUUAACAAAGCAUUACUGUAACCGAUUCGUUGCUGACACGAUUGAAGUAACUUGGUCGAAUUAAGAGUUUAAGCAUAGAUAUCGAUCACACAGAUGACACAACCUCGAACAUUUCAUAUUACACGUUCCGUAUUAACGAACGUAUAAAUUUUUUUUCAAAAGAUUCGACACGAGUCAAAUCUCACGACUAAUUAUUAAUAUUUCUAUAAGAAAUCGAGAUGCCCAAGCACGAUUUACGUUUCAAAUUUUUUAACCGUUUCGUAUAUUAAACUUUUCUAUUGCUUUAAUUAUACCUUGAUGAUCAGCGCCGAUCUUAUUUCCGAUCUUCGUGUAUGCGAACGCAUUUUCAAAUUGAAACACUUCUGCGCCAAUAUUUGAACAAAUAUGUAUAACACGAUGGACGGCAAGUGAACAGUACUAUCGAACUUUAAUAAACAUCAAGUUUUGUAAUUACCUUUAAA